AUGUCGGCGGAGGAGGAGGAGGCGGCGGCGGCGGCCGCGGCCUUGGCCAUGAUGAAGGAGGACGCCGGCGGGAGCGGCGCGGAGGCAGACCAGGACGUGCAGGUGCACGGGAACAUGCAGCGUGUCAAAGUAUACUGUUUAACUAAUGACGGGCAGUGGGAUGACCAGGGAACAGGCCACAUAACAAUUGACUAUAUUGAGGGGUCAAAAGAAAUUGCUCUGGCUGUCGUGGAUGAGGUGGAUAAUGACACGCUACUACUUCACCAUAUUACUUCGGAUAAUAUCUACAAGAAACAAGACAAAACAAUUAUCUCAUGGAAGGAUCCUGAAAAAGAACUAGAUUUACUGCUGAGCUUUCAAGAAGCUGAAGGAUGCGGAUAUAUAUGGCAGAACAUAAAUUACUUACAGCAAAAGCUACAAUCUGGUGACCUUGGCUAUGGAUUGAAGGAUCUUCCUUCUCUUGAGCUGUCCAGCCUUCCUUUGCUUUUAAAGACUGUAUUGGAGUGGGGAACGAAGGAUGGGACGCGCGUUGCAGAGUUAAUAUCCCAAAAUCAGGAUGAAUUUUUCCCCAAGCUAGUGGACCUUUUCAGAACAUGUGAGGGUUCAAGAAACAUGGAUGAUCUCCACAUGAUCUUCAGACUAGUCAAGGGAAUCAUAUCAUUGAACAAUCCUGACAUAUUUCACAAGAUUUUCUCUGAUGAUUUUAUCCUUGACAUAAUUGGGGCCCUUGAGUAUGAUCCAGAGGUUCCCAAUGUGCAGAGUCAUCGUGAAUUCGUGCAGAAUCAAGCCCUCAAUGAGGCCAUACACAUUGGAAAUGUUUCUGUGGCCUCAAAGAUUCGUCAAACAUACAUAAUAGGUUAUAUAAAGGAUGUUAUAUUACUGAAUGCACUGGAUGGUCCUACUGUGUCAAGCCUGAACUCAAUUAUUGAGUGGAACAAGCCUUUUGUUGUUUCUGUACUAAAGGACGAUGCUUCUUUUAUCCAAGAUCUGAUUGCAAGGAUAACAUCUUCGAAUACUUCUGCUGAAUCAAAAAGCAAACUGGUCCUGUUUUUGCGUGAGCUUUGCAUUCUCAGCAAAAGUUUGGAGCCUAAGGGACAAUCACAGCUGUCUAGGGAUCUCAUUGAUGAAGGUGCGUUCAACAUAAUUUCUGAUGUGCUUCAGAGUCAGGAUAAAGAACUCUUUUCAGCUGGGGCAAACAUACUUGUGUAUUUUGUUGAUCUGCAUCCUGACUUAGUUAGAACAUUUAUUGCCAAUCAUGAAGAGAACUACCUAGAAGGAAAUUCUCUUCUUGAGUUUCUGGUUCAAGGGAUGAUAAUUGACUCUGCUGAGGAAAUGCUCUAUCAGUCUUGUCUAAAGAUAUUGUUGGGUUCUUCCGAUACAACUACAAAUCAUCAAGAUGUUGUUCUUCAGGUUUUCUUUGACAAGCAUAUUCAAAAAUUGAUUGACGUAAUAGCUUCGUCCUACGCUCCAAAGGGCAUUGCCAGAUCAACGUCAGGUUCAGCUGGUGUUCGCACAAUGGUUGAACAGCAUUCUGCUAAGCCUGAAACAUUGUUGAAAAUUUGUGAGCUUUUAUCCUUCUGUGCACUUCAUCAUACAAACAGGAUGAAGAUAUUUUUUGCAACCAAUGCAAUGGAGAAAAUUCUUACUUUAACCCAUCGGAGAGAGAAGGUUUUGGUUGUGGCAGCUGUCCAAUUCGUUCGGACUAUAAUUGGCAGAAAGGAUGACUUUCUUGUUGACCGUGUUAUCAAGCUGAACUUGUUGAAGCCAGUUAUUAAGGCAUUUGAUGAAAAUGGCGAUAGAGACAACAUGCUACAAUCUGUGAUCCUUGAACUGUUGGAGUACAUAAGAAAGGAAAAUCUUGAGCCCCUUAUUGAAUAUGUUGCUGAGUCUUUUUGGGACCAACUUGUGAAGUUUGAACGAUUGCAGAGUAUUCAGUCCUUCAAACUUAAGUACCUCCUCAUGUCAAUAAAAUCUGAUGUUCCAGAAAAGAUUGUGGAGAGUGCAGAAACAAAGCAAAGUACUGGUGUGGUUGACACGAGAAAGAAAGCAGAUGAAAGAGGUGCUGAUAAGGAACAGGAAGGUUAUUUUAAUAAGGAUAGUGACAGAGUAGAUUCUUCUACACCAACAAUGCAUUCACAGGAGCAAUCUAUCCCGGCAAGAAAGCCUGUUAAUGCUGAUGAGGCCCAAGUGGUGGGGAACAAUCCAGAUGGUGGCAGACAUUCACCUCACAAAAAGCUAAAGAGUGUUGCUUCAGCCUCGCCUUCUAGAAGCGCGAAAAGUUCUGAAGGCAGUGGCGAAGGGGAUGGAAGCCGAGGCUCUUAG